AUGAAAAAAAAAGAGACGCAAGAAGAUUACGGUAGUGUUUUCGAUAAGGAAAAGACAAAUACUGGAUCUGCUGAUGAAGGUAUAAUCCUGUGGAGUAAAGCCGGACAUUUAAUCAUCCUUCAGACAACAAAUCUGUCAAUCAAUGCAGAAAUUCACCAGAUUUUGACACUUCAGCUAAAAACACCGUAUAGUUACAAAUUUGGUAUUGAAGCGCAAAUUCAAUCGAUGAUUCAUUCAAUUCAGUUAUUUCUUACUCUUCAAAAUUGUCUCAGAUUUAUUUCCGUCCUCUGCACUCAUUUAUUCCAUCGAGAAUUUUGUUUGUAA